AUGCGCAUACCUGGGCCGUCAGCCAGACCUAUAUCAGAUAGAUACAUUGUCAGCCAUGUUCUCCGUGGUCUGAGGAGGAUUGCCUUGAAGCAUCCGGGUUACCAACUCACUUCGACCAGUGCCCACGCAAGUAUUCAAACGAUUAGGGUUCGCGAGGGAGUCAGAGGGCGAUUGCCACUUUGCGAUGUAGAACUAGGCCGCGGUCAAGUUGCGGAGGUGGUUGUGAAGACUCGAGGGUUUGUCAGCGUCAAUGUCAAACCAAGCCAAUCAGGAUUCUGCAUACGAACUGCUGCCCUGGCGCUCGCCGUGGACGUGCACGACUUCCCCGCUACGACGACCUAUAACGCCGACAAUAUUAUCCGGACGAAAUUCAAACCUCUAAGUGGCCUUGCCCCUGUGCGAUCCAAAAAUCUGGCCGGGCAAAUCACGCCGAGGAGCAGCUUCCACAGCUGUCUCGAUUUAUCGACGCUACAGAUAUCAUCCCUGCCACAACCCCCCAACGGCGCCGCUGACGAUCGGCCGGGCGCUUCGGAGGGGCAGUCUCUCACAGCUCCAGCAUCCCGCUCUCGAUCUCCCGAUACCCUCAGUUUCCGCAGCGAUUCUAGGAAGCUUGCCUCGAGAAGGAAGCGGGUCUCUCGAAAGGCGCGCGGCGUCCUGGGCAAGGUUCGUGCCUUCCAGAGGAUCGCUGCCGCCAAGAUGGCGCAUCCCACCAUCAAAAUCGAUACCAGUGUCCAGGCCACCAAGCGUUCGCAUCCGGAUAACGAGGAGGGAGCUGGGAUGGUAGAUGGAUCGGAGGAUGACAACCCGGAGCUCGAGAUGGGGGAUAAUGAACUGGUCCCGCCGUUUCUGCGCCAGUCGGUGCUAGAUAUCCGUCAUAAGUUUGAAGAGCUGGAAUACAUGCAAGGUACUCGUAUAAUGGAGGGGUCGCGGGCGAACGACCCCUCGCAUCGUUGGGCGCUGGAUGCGAAUCCCGAAGUCAGGGCCAGGAACCGAUAUGCGAACGUGCAGGCGUGGGCGAAUUCCCGCAUACGUCUCCGGGUACCUGAAGGCGAAUGUGAUUUCAUAAACGCAUCUCCAAUCUUUCUCAAAGACUCAGUCUCUGAGGAGGAAAGGAAAUACAUUGCAACACAGGGACCCAGACUUGACGACCUUUACCAUUUUUGGCAUAUGGUCUUCCACGAAACUGAAGAUGUAGCGGUGAUUGUCAUGCUUACGCAAACUAUGGAAGCAGGCCGUGAAAAGUGCUCACAGUACUUCCCACUCGACCUGGAAAAUCCGACGAUGUCUCUGCGGCAGGACAAAGGCGACCCCUGCGUGGAGGGCGACGACGAGGAGUCGGAAGACGGAGACGCGCUUGGUCAAAUUACACUCCUGGAAAGUAUUUGGAACCCAGAAUGUCGAUCCGAGAUUCGACAACUCCAGCUUACAUUCGGCUCUGAAACCAAAGUCGUGUGGCACUUUCUGUUUGCGGGCUGGGCAGAUUAUUCCAAACCCGUUGGCGAAGACCGUGAUGCGCUCCUUCGUCUGAUAGAGCUGUCGGCCACUAAAGCUUCCUCUCCACAGAAUCCGCGGAUCGUUCACUGCAGCGCUGGGGUGGGCCGGACGGGUACCUUUAUUGCGCUUGACCAUCUUUUGCAGGAACUCGAAUCAGGCGAACUAUUGAAGGUCACCGAUGAAGAAACAGACCCAGUAUUCGAGGCGGUGAACCUGAUGCGCGAACAACGAAUGAUGAUGGUCUAUAAUGAGAUGCAGCUGAUCUUCAUAUACGAAGUCUUGCGCGAGCAAGCCGACCUCAUCCUAGAAAAGACCUACGGCAUCAGCCGGCAGCAGUCGGGUUCUAGGUCCGCCAAAAUCGCCAAAUUAUCCGAAGAGGAUUAUCUGCCUGCUUCCAAACCCGAGUUAGAGGUUGCGGGGGACCAUUCUAACGCCGGCUCCCCAGAACAGUCUGAUGAUGAGUGA